AUGGACACUCCCUAUAAUUUUAACCUGAGAAUUCAAGAAGGACUUCUAGAUCAAUCAGCUGAAGCUUAAGCUAAAUAUAAAUUCAUGACUUUUAAUGCAGAUCUAGUUGUCGAGAAUUUCAACUUCACAGAAUAUAGCUUUAUAGAUUCGACUAUAAAUUCUUUGUUUUUCCCUAAAUUCGGGGAGUAUCGAUGGAUAAAUAUAACUAAUUGCUAUUUCUUGCUUGAAUAGCAACUAACUAUGACUCUUGAAGGGGGAAACGUUAAAAUUGAUAGCUCAACCAUUGAUGUGAGUAUUCAGAAUAGAGUUGCAAUAUUUUAAUCAUCCUCAUCGUGCUACUUGUUCGAUAAUUAUGGCAUUGCAAACAACUAUAUAUGGAGCAAUAAUUUGUUUAUAGGAUAUAAUGUAGGAGGGUAUACCUCUUUGAUAUACAUUUAAAACCAUGGAAACUUCACUCUUAUUAAUAACAGAUUUAUUGAUAUGAGAUGGAUAUAAUCUGACAUUUCAAUUUCAAUAGAACAUAUUUGGUUAAACUGUGCUAAUAUAGCAUAUACUCAAAUGAUUAUAUAAAACAAUACUAUUCAGAAUUCCUAUCCCACAAUGUCUUUUAUCUUUUUCACGUUUAAGUUUUAAAAAGAAGGAAAAUAAAGUGUAAUAAUUAAAGAUAACAAAAUAUCAAAUCUUACAUACUUUAACCCAGGAGUAUUUGUAAUAUAAAAAUUUAACUAGCUUGACCUUGACAUAGUGUUUGAGAAUAACUAUUUUGAAAACAUAGAGAAUUUAUUUGUAGAAACAUCAUUUAUAUUAGUCAAUUCACCUAACUUAGCUUUUAAAAAUAACACUAUCAAGAACUCUGUGAUACCUACAUUCAUUAGUGUUGGAAUCAAGCUAAAAAAGUUCAAUGAUAUGGGUUCAGCAAACAUAGAAUAUUCAUAUAAGUUCAAUUAACGCUAGCCUAAUGACUCUUAUGGACAGCAAAUUUAUCAGUUUUCAAUCAACAGAGGAUAUUAUACUCACUGA